CGUUUUGUGUUUUCACAUGCUUUUUUAUUUUGACAACCACACAGCUGUUCAUGUUGUUCAGUGAGAUCGAGUGGAAAAGGAGUUAAAACAUUUAAUUGUAAUAACUUGGUAUAAAUUCCUGAAAUGUCGACACGCUGGUAUCCAAUUUAUCAACGGGGCAACCCCCAGUUACGUAUAUUUCUGCCGAACUUCUGGAUGAAGCUUAUACGGCCGGCGGAAGAACAGCCAAAAAAUGUUGCUACAUUUUCCGUGUCCAUGCAGAUGACCAAAUAUGAUGUAAAGAAUUAUUUGGAAAAGAUUUAUAAAUUGCCGGUAGUAGACGUACGAACACGCAUUGAAAUGGGUAAAACCAAACGAGAUCAAACUAUGGGCUAUGUGACCAAAGAAGAUGAUGUUAAGAUUGCUUAUGUAACAUUGCCACGUACUGAAGAGUUCACCUUCCCCGAUUUAUUUUCGAAGAAAGAAGAACAAAAGAAAGCGGAAGAAAAAUCAUUAGAUGAUUCCAAACAAGGAUUCAAACGUUUCCUAGACCGCAAUAAGAAACGACCGGGUACACCUGGCUGGUACUCUAUUUAAUUAUAUAAGUGUCAUAUAUCAAUAGGAGACAGAAUAAAACAUGGCUUUUCAUCAAUUAUUAAAUAA